UUUCAAAUACAAUCCUCCCUUCGUCAUCUCCAUUCACUUUCCUCUUCAAAACCCUAAUUCCUCCAACCUUCUUCCAUGAGAAGAAAUCUCAUCAAUGAUGCCCGAUCCCAAACCCAAAGAAUAAACUUCAUCAACUUGCAGGAGCCUCCUUGGAUACGGUUUGGCAUUGUUCCUGGAAUGUCAAAAACUUAAUCGCAAAGUCACAGAAGAAGUCAUCAAGCCCUUAAUUUAAUGGAGUUUCCGAGAAAAUGCCCACUAAAUUUCCAAAAACCAUAACCACCAAAUCCUAUCCAGGUGUCAUUUCAUCAGCCAGCCCCCCUUCAAUAAACCAAGGCAAAGAAAUGUUGAAGAAGAUGAAGCGACUUGGAAGAUCUGUCACCAAAAUUAUAAGUAAAGCCAUCAAGAAGAAGAAGAGGAGACUUUCUCAACCUUCUUCUUCAUCUCCUCUUCCUCUUCCUCUUCCUCUUCCUCUUCCUCUUCUGCCGUAUAAACCCCUUUCAUCUCUCGCCAAGAUGCCAUCUUCCCAUCGCGGAGCCUUCCUUUUUCCACAAACAAACUCACCAAUCCUUCCUGACCCAUCAAACUUUUUCUCCCCUCAACUCCUCUCAUCACCUCUCCCCACCAACUCCUUCUUCCAAAACUUCGUCCUAAAAAAUGGCGACCAGCCUGAAUACAUCCACCCUUACCUCAUCAAAUCCUCCUCCUCUUCCCUCUCCAUCUCCUUCCCCUCUCGUUUCGCCACUUCUUCCUUCAUUUACCAAACCUUCGUCCCUGACCUUACCAUCUCCUCUCCGUCUUCCCAAUCUAACCACAUCAUUUCCUCCUUCAACGAUCUCAGUGUAACUCUAGACCUCCCCCCCUCUCUGCGCUGCUUCCUAGUACGCGGAAGUCCUUUCAUAACCCUCUCUACCCUUACCGACGCCACCGAUCUGUCAAUCUCCUCUAUCCACGCCUUCCUUUCCGUAGUUCCCAACACCUCCUUCACCAAACACACCUUUCAGCUCAACAGCGGACAGACUUUCCUCUGCUACUCCUCCUCCCCGAUCCAAUUCCAGCAAUCCGCCACCACGCGGCUCACCGCCGCAGCUGGCUUCACCGGCGUCAUACGGCUCGCCUUCCUCCCUGACCCAAGCUAUGAGUCAAUUCUUGAUCAGUAUUCGUCUUGCUAUCCUGUCGCAGGUAAAGCUGUUUUCACCAGGCCGGGGUACGUCGAGUACAGGUGGGAAAAGAAGGGGUGGGGUGAUCUUCUUCUUCUCGCUCAUCCUCUCCAUCUCCGGCUCCUCGACGCCAGCGGAUCCGCCAACGUAAUUGAAGAUUUCAAGUACCGGAGCAUCGACGGCGAUCUGGUAGGUAUUGUUGGUGAUUCUUGGUUGUUGAAAACCGAUCCAGUGUCGACCACAUGGAAUUCGACGAAUGGCGUCAGCGAAGAUGGUGUGCAAGAGAUCGUUAAUGCCUUAUCUAAAGAUGUUACUGCUUUGGAUUCUUCGCCGAUUGAAACGACUUCUUCUUAUUUUUACGGCAAGGCGAUUGCCAGGGCGGCAAGAUUGGCUCUUGUUGCAGAGGAAGUUGGCUUCCCUGAUGUAAUCCCCGCGGUUCUGAGCUUCCUCAGAACAUAUAUAACUCCAUGGCUUGAUGGAAGCUUUAAUGGAAAUGGAUUCCUUUAUGAUCCUAAAUGGGGCGGUCUUAUAACAAAGCAGGGAUCGACGGAUUCCGGUGCUGAUUUUGGCUUUGGUGUCUUCAAUGACCACCAUUACCACCUUGGCUACUUCCUUUAUGCAAUUGCGGUGCUUGCCAAGUUCGAUCCAUCAUGGGGCAGAAAGUUUAAACCUCAAGCCUAUUCAAUCAUGGCAGAUUUCAUAAACUUGUCUGGAUCAAAUUAUGCCAGAUUGCGAUGUUUUGAUCUCUGGAAGUUGCAUUCUUGGGCUGGAGGGCUUACAGAGUUUGCAGAUGGGCGCAAUCAGGAGAGCACAAGUGAAGCGGUGAACGCAUAUUACUCUGCGGCGCUCAUGGGACUGAGCUAUGGUGAUGCACAUCUGGUGGCGAUUGGGUCUACGCUGGCGGCAUUCGAGAUUGCUGCUGCAGAGACAUGGUGGCAUGUGAGGGAAGGGGAUGGAAUGUAUGAGGAUGAUUUCAGUAGGGAGAACAGAGUGGUGGGGGUCUUGUGGGCUAAUAAAAGAGACAGUGGGUUAUGGUUCGCGCCAGCUGAAUGGAGAGAGUGCAGAUUGGGGAUUCAAGUUCUGCCAUUGUUGCCAGUAACGGAAGAUCUUUUCAGAGAUGUUGGGUUUGUGAAGGAGCUGGUGAAGUGGGCAUUGCCGGCGUUGACGAGGGAGGGAGUUACUGAUGGCUGGAAAGGGUUUGUGUAUGCGCUGGAGGGAGUUUAUGAAAAGGAGGAGGCUUUGGCGAAGAUUAGGAGUUUGAAUGGAUUUGAUGAUGGGAAUUCACUGUCAAAUUUGCUGUGGUGGGUUUAUAGCAGAGGAGAAGAUGAGGGAGGGGUGAGAGGUGGGUGGUUUGGUCAUUAUUGUCACUGAUGGAUUAUGCUUUUUUGUUACUCCUGUUGUGAUUUUGUGAUAUACUCUUGACAGUGAUGAGUGCAUGUGAAGAAGGGUUGGAGCUAUAUGAAAGAAACAGAAAGAAAUGAUUUUGUGUAAGAAAAUUUUCACUUUUACUGAAAUAAAAUUUUUGAUUGCCUCA